CCAAUCGUGAGCAUCAGUGUUCAAUUCCCAAUACCGACUCAUCAUCGUAAAAUUUUCGGUAGCUCAGAAUGAGAGAAGUUGCAUCGCCAUCAUGAGUGGACAAGGUCUUGAGGUCCUGCUGGAGGGCCUGAUACCAGAGAUUGCAUAUUCUGGGGAAGAAGGAAUGUCGAUCAACGACUUUCUGAGAAUUGUGCGGCGAUAUCAUCUGAGUCUUGGCGGGCAAGAUGCGUCAACCCAGGGCGACGCAGCGACGGGGCUGCAAGGGCAGGUCGACGAUGCGAACCUGGAGAAAUCGCUUACAAAGGCCGAGAUGGCAUCAGCACGCUGGGCAUGGGACUGGCUGCGCUCCCGCCCGCAGAUUCUCAUCAACGGCAACAAGCGAUGGAAUCGACUCGAGCUGAGCGAAGCACUUGGGCUCCCAGAGUCCGAGUCGAUAGACCCAGCAAUUGCCUCGGCGGCAGGGGAUGCCAAUGAAACCGAGGAAAACAAGGGCAAAAAAACCAAGAAGACGCUCACCACCCGGCCAAGGAUACAUCCUUCCAAGGAUCUGGUCUGGCAGACAUUGACUCGUCAUGGAGUCGACUACAAGCGGGUACCCGCCCUCGAAUGGGCUUGCUUGCAGGGCAUCGCAUCAACCAGGUCAGAGGGCAUCCUCCAGAGCGACCUCCGACGCCUGGUCAAUCAAGACAAGCGGUCCCUGCCGAAGCGGACCGAUUCGCUCGCCCGGAAAGGCUACAUCGCCAAGCGGACAGUCGUUGUGCAAAAGAUGAAAACCAGCAGGCUGUGGCUGAUCGACUUCGCCCCUCCGCUCGUCGAGGAGGAAACAUGUGGCAUGGACCUGACACCCGAGACUCUGAGCAAAGACCUGGAACCCGUGCCGUGGCAUCAGCGCUGGACCGGCAACAACAUUGACAUGGACGCGCUUGGUAGGACUGUCGUCGGUGUCGUCAAGGCAUUCAACGUGAUCCGCUACGCCGACUUGAGAUCCAAGAUGGGCGUCUCGGGCAAGCGGUGGCAGAUGAAGACGCUCGCCAAGAACUGUCAGCGUUUGGUUGACGUCGGUGUGCUGAAAUACACCGCUGCUUCAUUCCCAGGCAUGCGAAAAGUCUUCAAGGACUGUCUCAAGUUUGUGCGGGAUCCCAAUGCAGAAGAGUGGGAGAAGUUCCUCGCCACCGGCAAGAAGACAUCUCUGUAUUCGGACCCAACCAGGCACAGGGAGCCGAAACCCAACGCCCUGGCCCUGUACGGGAAGUCUGGAGGAGAUGGCACGGCGGGUGGAGAUGCACGCUCCAAAGUGAGGCGCAUCUUCAGCGGCUGGACACCCGAAAAGCCUCUCGCCCAAACGGUCUUUGAGGUCAUCCGGCGCGCCGGCACCGAAGGGGCAUCUAACCCUCAGGUAAGCGUGGCUACGAUUGGCUACCAGCAUCGACGGUACCUCUCGAGUUACCUGAUGAAGGUCGCCGAGACCCAGCAACCGCCGCACCUCAAGAAGUUCGAAAUUGUGAGCAAGCUUGUUCGCACAGGAAAGACAUCCGCCUACAUGUACUCAGCACCCGGCAAAGCCGCUCUCUCGCAGAUUGACGAAGAAGGCCCACGGAUGGACGAGCAGACCGCAGCUGAGAGCUCAUCGAGCUCAGCACCCGCGGAUUUAUUCGGCUUCGGUGCAGUACGACCCAAAGCUUUCAGUGCAGGUCCAGAUAUCUCGCUCUCUGAAAUGUCGCGGGUCGCCAGGAAAUGGAAGCCUUCAGGCAAGCGGAAGCUGUUGCCUCGUCUCAGACCAGAACACGUAGUUGUGGCAGAGGUCGUUUCUGAGGCAACAGCCCAGCAGGAUGCCGUGAUGAUAGAUCAACAAGAGGAACCUGCGAAGCCUGGAAACAGCGGAACUGGAAAGCGCUUUUGUGAGGAGAUGGCAAAAGAAGUUCCCGAGGGGCUUGGCAACGGCGCAGUUCAGUCACUUGAUCAACAAGCGCAGGCCCCAUCGUCCAACAUCGCCGUUACCAAUGGGGUCGCCAAAGUUCCAACCGAUGAGGACCUCGUCAUGAACGUCCAAUAUAAUGGCAUUGUUGGCAAACUCCGGGUUCACCGCUCGGAGGGCAAUCUCUCGUUUCUGAGAACUGGCAGGGGUCUUAAGAAGCCUUUACUCAUCCCCAUCGACGACAAUCUCGAUGACCCUGCCAUACGGAACGUUCCAGGAAGCGAGGAGAAGAGCUUGGUUCUCGCCUCGGGUGAUAGAAACGGGGCGUCGGCCUGGACUUACGUCUUCAUAUUUGACGAUGAGAGUCAAGAGAACGCUGGCUGGAUUCAGCAAGAAGUCAUCAAGAUGAAAUCACCUACCUACAGAGAGCCUACUCUUAUCUCAGAGGAGGUUGCAGCGGCUCCCGAGGAGAUAACAGUUCAAGUUGCCCCACCUGAACCUACUCGUGGCCAAGCACGAGGCCGUGGAGGGGCUCGCGGCAAAGGCAAGGGCAAGAAAGGACAGGCCACAUCCGCAGGCGCAAAGCCCUACGUCUGCUCAAUCUGUGGCGGCGCCUGGAAAAACGACAUUGGGCUCAAAUACCACCUCGAAAAGGCUCAAGUCCCCUGUAACCCCAACUUUGAUCCCGCCAUUCUGCUCGAGAGGACUCGAAAGCGUCGCAAGCCAUCACCGGUUCCCCCUUCCGUGGCAAACUCUGAAGCUGGGGAUGACGAGACUGUGGGCCGCACCGGCAAAGCCAGAAGUGCAAAGAAAAGCCAGAAGACUCGCUUUUUGAGACUAAGAGUUCGCUCCGCUCUGCGCUCUGUGCAAGGCCCAGCCCACACUUUCCGUGGUAUCAGAGCUGCAGAUGCUGGAGAUACGGAGGCGGCAGCGAGCUGGGUCCCAGAACGCCCGAAAGAUGCGUUCAGGGGUCUCCUUUCACAACAAGCCAGGGGUCAAGAGCCUGGGUCAGCAGCAGCUGGUUCAACUAAGAACAACCUUCUGCCCACGGCCCCUUCAAGCAGCUUCGGGGCAGGGACACUCUUUGGCAUGAAGUUCCGCCCUUCGACACCUGCUGGAACUGUGCGAUACCCUGCAUCCAUCGCCAGCGUCAAACACGACGCACCAAGGAACGUCCCGACCGUCAUUGAUGAGCAUGCCCCGGACGUGGUUGCGAGCCGCCAGCGAUCGGGGGACCUGCCUUUUUUGCAAACCGCGUCCGCAACACACUCGCCGUCUCGAGGCCCUGAGGGCCCUGUGAUGACAGGUGAUGCAUUUGGCCACAAAUCAUCAUGUUAUACUGCUUCCGAGGAGGUAAUCCUGCUUCCUCCGGACGGAACACCUCGGCCCAAUCGAUACGAUGACCCUUCCGUUUCGAGGGGUUCCCUUAGGACCGGCCGCUCAGAGUCGCGUCACAGCGAGUACCCCGAUCCCAUACCUCAACAUGCUGACGACCAGACGGGACAAGUGUUCAACACUCAUUCAUCCACGUCGCAGAACGGGCAGGGACUUUACAAGGCGUUUAUCCCGAGUAUGAACUACAACCGCAUGACCAGCGAGGCGAAAAGGCGAGCCUCCCAGGCCUUUGACAUCAUAAUAUAUCUGCUGGACAACAACCUCGGCGUGUUCCCUGGCGAUCAGGCCCUGUUCUACGCACUGACCAAGGUCUUUUUGAAGGAGUUUCCCAACCAGACACCGCCCAACUGGAAGAACUUCACCAACGCGGUCAAGGCCAUCGAGACUCGCAAGAUCGCCGUCCUUCACACUCACAUGCUCAAGACAGACCGGGCAAAAUUGCAAACGUGUACACUGCUUGUUAAAGCCGGCGUCGACCCUAACGGGAUAAUUGCAUCCACCAUGAAGCAAAAGAUGCGGGAGAAGUACCCUGGCAUAUUCAUUCCGCCUGCCUUCUCACCGACACAGGAAGAGCUGGCUUUAUUGCAGGAUCUCGACAGAAAGACGCCGGGCAAGGAUGAAGCCAAGCCGAACGCCAAUGGCCAGAAGUUCCGCAGCAGGCGCAAGAUCGAGGAGAUCGAAGUCUUCAAUGCGCCUUACUACACCAACACUGCCCCCACUGCUGGGUCCAUAGGUGAUCUCGUUUGGAAUCGGGGAUAUUCUGGCGGAGGAACGGGUGGUCGAAAGCGGUCGGCUUACGACAAUUCAUCCGCUGGACCCCCCCAAAAGAGGGCGAAAGCGAGUCUGCAGCACGACGAAUACGGAGACGUUCCGGUGGAUCCUAGCAUCAUGGGGGUUUCGACAUUGUCACAGUUUGGUCAGCAGGAUGGCCCGUCUGUGCUCGAGGCGAUCAAGGCGUAUAGCCUGUUGCCGGCGAAACCGGGACCGCGCGGCCGGCGAAGGCUGUCUUAUUCAUACAAGCCGUUGGACAAACUUCCGCCCGAGCUUGGUAGAGUCAAGAACCCUGGGUUGGGCAGUUUGCCUGACAGCUUCUUCGCGAACGCGCCUGGGGCAACCCCAUUUCAGUUCGUCACACCCGAUGUCUUGUUUCUGGAACCCAACACCAACCUCGAGGAAGGACCCGAAGAGGCAGAUGAGGAUGGCCAGAGCCAGAGCCCGGCUUCAAGUCGGGAGAGCACCGAAGAUAUCUUGGAGGAGCCUGAGAUAGACGAGGGCACCGAUGCAGCAAUCGAAAACCCUAAAGGGUUCAGAUUCGUUACUCCAAAUCCCCUGAAGCCCUGGACGAAAGGCGUUUGGCCCGCCCACACUCUCUGGUAUUUCGAGCGUUACGUGGGCGGCAGCGUCACUCUCGAGGGGUGGAUGCCCGGUCGGAAAUGGCUUCUGGCGCAAAACCUGCCGUGCAGCGCGGAGGAUAUGGCAGCGAAACAGAAGGCUGAGAAAAUAAAAUUGCGCGACUGGGUCGAUAGGGACUAUGCCAGGUUUUGCUCCCUCAUCAACCGAUGCGCAUCAUGGGAGCAGUCGCAGGCCGGCACGGCAGUCAUGUUGGGCAGUGAUGUGGCGCCUGGCCACAUCUUCAUCAACGUCUCAGCUCCGCCGUCCAGAACCAACAUGAGGCCGAUCAAUUUGGGAUGGUCAGAGGAUACACAUUACAACCUCGAGACUCUGCCGUACGAAGAUUUGGAAGAUGAUGACUACGGCGAUGUCAUGUACUACGAGGACGGAGAGAGAGUUGGGAGAGCGGGUGAGCUGUCGCCCAAGAAGCGCCGCGUUCAGAGACCGCCUGGGGCGAAGCGAAUGCAGGGGAGGCCCCCCAAGCUUAGGCUUGCGGCCAUCAAGACGAUGCGUGAGCAUACGGCAUUCCCGAGAGCGCCGGAAGACCUGCUGCGGGACGAGCAGGAUGAUCUCGACUGGUCGAGCGAGAACGUCCGAUUGGCGGCCUUCAUCGUCGUUACGACCUUGCUCGGUGGUGUGGACAGGGUUGUGGAUUGGGGGUUGAUGUUGAGGCUCGUGCCAGACCAGACGAUUAGCCAACUCCGGCACUACUGGUGUGCCUUGAAGAAGGAUCGACUGUCGACCAUUGUCAGCCUGACCGAGAAGUUCCGCCGGGCAUUCCUCAAGGCGUACGAAAAGAAUGAAGUUCCGCCUAUCGACUAUGACAAUGUUCUGGCAUAUGACUGGAAGUUCCUUAUCAAGUGGACCACGCAGCUGGACAUGGCUGAAAGACGGACACUGCCAUCGACUCGGAAGGCGCUGGACGAGACGGUAACGGUAUCCAACGUUAAGCACGGAAACCGGCAUUGGAUGGAAGCCUACUAUCAUCCCCAGCGAUCCAUGUUCAACAAGUUCCAGGACGCGACAUCCGAGGCGCUUGCUCUUUCGGUGGACGACAUUCCCGAGCCAAAGCCAAGCCUCGAGAUGAUCCUGGCGAUGUCUUGGACGAGGUCGCUUUGCGUGACACCGGUCGAGGCCUACACGGCCGAAGCCGUUCUCCACAAGCGCAACAGCCUGUUCCCAACCCACACCAAGACCGAGAUCACCGAGUUGAUCAUGAAGGGCGUCGACCAACUCCAGCGCAAGGGCGUCAUUUCCAAGUCGUCGUCCAAGUGGACAAACGGGCGCUCAUGGCGCUUCAACACGCGGGUGCUCGACUGCCUCGAGAAAUUCGCGCAGCAAGACAAGUUCGUCAAGGCCGUGCAGUUCAAGCAGGAGCUCGACCGGGCCUUCCGCGCGGACGAAAAGAAGCGCGUGACGUACCUCACCAACGAUGGCAUGAUCAUGGCCCUGCUCAACCUGCAGGCCAACGGCCGCGUGCGCGUCGAGACCACGGGCCAGCCCAACGUGCCCUUGGGCCACGAACCGGGCAACUACGAGACACGCAAAUACACAAAGAAAUACAUGCACUUCCGCCUCGACAUAGUCCCGACCGGGUCGUACCUCUACGAUGAUGCUGAAGAAAACGAGGAUGCCACCCUUGCAGACCUGCGCCACCGCGUCAAGACCGCCCUGCCACCUACGCAGGGCCCCGGCGGCGCGGUCCCCGUUUGGUGCGACGUGUUUGGCAACGUCGACGCCGACCGCUGGCUGAGGUACCUUAGUGCGGUGCUGGUCACGCUUGCGUCGCGUGGGUCGAUGGGCGCCGAGGACCUGGUGCGGACGCUUAAGCCGAUCAUCAUGAUAUUUGAGGCCGAAUUGAUCAUUGAGUGGGCCGGCAGGCUGGGGCUGGUGAAAGCGCAGCUGGAGGGCUCCGCGCCGGCUGUGAUGGAGUGGUGGUGGAUUGCAGUCGAGAUGCAGCGAGUUGGGCUGGAGGCGGCUGAGACGGGGACCAUUGGGAAGCCGAAUAGGAACGUGAAUUGGACAGGGACGGGGAGUGUUGGGGUUGCAGGGAGGAAGAGGAAGGCUUUGCCUUCGGGGCGGCCGGUCAAACCCGGUGAGGGGGUAAUUCGCUUGAGUCAAGGACGGGGUAAUACUUGAGUUCUUGACAAUAAAGGUUGCGCGUGUAAGUGUGGGAAGGCGCUGGUUGUUCGUGGUGGAGUGUCUGCUUUGGCGUUGGGUGGUACAACGAUCUCCUGGCAUGGUGAGCAUGGAGAAAAUGCGGCUGGAAAAUGGGUACCGGAGUUUGGCGAUACCCCUUUUACAGCUAUCUUCUGCGUUACUGGAAGCCAUGGAUAUAUGGCUGGGGAAAAAGUAUGUUUUGUCUGGCACAGUUGUGAACUCGUAGUGGGAGCAGUAGAUCAAGUCAGGAUUGUUCGCUUACCCCUGAAUCAUUCCACGCAAAUCUGUAGAUGGAUAGCACCAAACGUUUC